AUGGUACGAGGCGACCAGAUGGGCUCCAAGACAUGUUUCUUAAACUCUCUGCAAAAAUUGGAGCCUCGAACUAUUAACGUGAUCAUAACUGAAGCUGCCAGUGAACCCAAUUUAGACGUGGAAAUGAUUGACGCCCCUGAACAAGGGCAUACCUCCAAACAGGAGGAAGACAUCGACAUGGAAGAGGCCCCUGAAGGGCAUCCUCUUGAUGAAUUAGACCCCCGGAUCAUUCACUUCGAGCCAAACGUGACCCCAAAGGAAGAACUUGAAACCUUUUUCGCCAACCCAGAGGACCCCAGUCAGCGAAUAGGGAAGGCACUGUCCCCCGAAGCAAAAGAAGAAAUGAUGAGCUUCCUAAAAAGGAACUUGGAUGUCUUUACUUGGAAGCAUAAAGACAUGAAAAGACGUGCACUCAACCCGGAGCGAUAUGAGGCCCUCAAAGACGAAGUAGACAAACUUAGCCACAGUGGAUUCAUUAGAGAAGCUAUCUACCUGAAGUGGAUAUCCAACCCGAUCCUAGUGAAGAAGCCCAGCGGAAAGUGGAGGGUAUGUGUAGACUUUACAAACUUAAAUAAGGCAUGCCCUAAAGACAGCUUCCCACUUCCAAAGAUAGACCAGCUUGUGGAUUCCAUCGUCGAACAUGAACUCUUUAGCUUUAUGGACGUAUACUCAGGGUAUAACCAGAUACCCAUGUUCCGACCUGAUGAGGAGGCUACAUCAUUUAUCACAGACAGAUGA